UAUUAAUUUAAAAAAUUAUAUAUUCAUAUUUUAUUCAUCAUUUUUCAGUUAUCUACAUGGAUAUUUAUUCCAUAACUAUUAUUUAUUAUUCAACUUAUUAACAUGGAGGCAUCCCAUGUUCAAAUCCUUAUCAUCCAUUCAUCCUCACAAUUUUAGAUUUUAGUGCUGGUUUAUGUGAAUUUUAGUUUUGGAGUUGUUUAAUCUUAUCAACCAUGAUUAUAGUUAUUAAAUUUAGCUUAAAUUAGUGUGAAAUUGAUCGAAUUUUACCCAAUUAACCCCUUUUUUUUCUUUUUUUUUCCAAAACAAUUUUGAUUUAAUAGGCGCCGUCCACUUUCAUAAGCCAUUUCUUCCCCUCAUUUGUUAAUAAAGAAAUAAUCACUCCCUCUUCAUAUUUGAUGACUCCUAAACCCCAUUCGCUGUCCAUUUGUUACCGUUUCUUUUGUUACCCUGACUUCUCCGCCAGAACAUCCAUUCACGGUUAUUCGAAAGCAACCGCAACCAUCUACCUUCAGAACCGUUAUGUUCAUACCGGCAACCUGUUCGAUGAAUUGCCUCACAGAGACCUCUACUCCCUCAACUCUCAACUCGCCUCCUAUUCUCGCGAUGGAAACUUUCUUGCCACAUGGGAUCUCUUCUCUCGCAUUCAUUCUGCAUUUCCUGACCUUGAUGCUUACACCUUUACGCCGGUUCUCCGUGCAUGCUCGGCUUUGCCUGACACGAAGUGUGGCAGACAAGUCCAUGCUUUAAUGAUUAAGACAGGCACGGAUUUGGGAACUAUAGCAAAAACUGCAGUAAUGGAUAUGUAUUCAAAAUAUGGGUGCUUGGGUGAGUCAGUUAAGGUCUUUGAAGAAAUGGAAUUCCGGGACGUUGUGACUUGGAAUGCUUUGGUUUCGAGUUUUUUAAGGCAUGGUCUUGCUAAGGAAGCGCUUGGUGUUUUUAGAGCAAUGAGGAGGGAGAGUGUGGAGAUAACUGAGUUUACACUGUGUUCUGUGCUUAAGGCUUGUGCCUUUAUUAAGGCUUUUCGACAAGGUAAGCAAGUUCAUGGCUUGGUCAUUGUGAUGGGUCGAGAUUUGGUGGUUUUAGGCACUGCUCUUAUUGAUUUUUACUCUAAUGUGGGGUAUAUUAGCGAAGCUAUGAAAGUUUUUUCUUGUUUGAGUUGCAGGAAAGAUGAGGUUUUGCGCAAUUCUUUGAUUGCUGGGUGUGUCAAGCAUAGGAGAUACGAGGAGGCGUUUUUAGUGAUGAGUACUAUGAGACCAAAUGCGGUUGCACUUACUACUGCUCUUGCUGCUUGCUCUGAUAAUUCAGAUUUGUGGAUUGGGAUGCAGAUUCAUUGCGUGGCACUGCGAUUUGGAUUUAUUGCAAAUACUCAAGUGUGCAAUGUGUUAUUAGAUAUGUAUGCAAAAUGUGGGAGAAUUUUGAAAUCCAGAUCAAUAUUUGACGGGAUCUGUCAUAAAACUGUUGUUUCUUGGACUAGCAUGAUAGAUGCAUAUGGAAGGCAUGGUCAUGGGGAUGAAGCACUCAAGCUGUUUAAAGAGAUGGGGCAAGAAGGAAGUAGAGUCUUGCCAAAUUCUUUGACACUUCUUGCUGUUCUAUCAGCUUGUGGGCAUUCAGGACUAGUCAAAGAAGGCCAAGAACUUUUUAAUUCUGCAAGGGAGAAAUAUGGUCUGGAUCCAAGUCAGGAGCAUUAUUCCUGCGUCAUAGAUAUCUUAGGCCGUGCUGGCCAAAUAGAAGAUGCAUGGUGCCUUUUUCAUGAUAUGGUUAAAAAUGGUAUAGGGCCUACAGCUGCAGUGUGGGCAGCACUAGUGAAUGCUUGUUGUCUUAACCUGGAUGUAUCCAGGGGUGAGUUUGCUGCAAAGCAUCUCUUGGAAUUAGAACCAAAUAAUGAUGGCAUUCACGUGCUGGUUUCAAAGUUCUAUGCAUCCAUUGAUAGGUGGGAUGUUGUGGAGAGCUUGAGAAACAAUAUGAGGAAGAGAGGACUGACUAAAGUAUUAGGUAGUAGCUGGUUAGAUGUUGCAUGAAAUUGCCACUUAACUACAAAUUAGAGCAGAAAAGGGGUGGUUUGAACUUCUUGAUUUUGAUCAAAGAGCAGACUGUUAUUCAUCAAGAAGACUCAGAAAGUGCACCACUCUCAGGUCUGGCCUUUCCAUUAUUCUAUUUCCACGUGGAAGAUUUCCAUUAAAGCAAUUCAUAGAAGUGAUCAGAUGCAUCUGGUUAAUUACUUGACUGGUCUCGUUUUUGGAGUUUUGAGAUAACGGUGCAGGUUCGGAAAAUUAGUUUCUCAUUUCCAAAACAGUAUUUUUGAAACAAGUAGUCUCCAGACUUAUUCAGCACCUGGCUAACUAGAAUCCACAAAGUAGAGCCGAAUUCCUCUCAGGGCUAAUUACAGUUUAUUGGGGCCUAUCAAAUUCUUGCUUCUUGUGAACCAUUCUGAAGGCAAAUAUAUCACAGAUCUCAUUCGUCAUCCAUUUUCCAUAAACAGAGAUUCCUAGCAACGAGGUUGGUUGUUUUUGCUCCUACUGACACUGUUCUAAUUUGACUAUAUGAAAGGAGAAGGUGUUAACAACUUUUAACGAGACCGGGUACCAAGUUUGUUAAUAAGUGGUCGGCAAAAUGAUAAAAAUUUGGCCUUGAGAGGAAAUACUUGACUUUUCCGUCAAAUAUUUCAAAAUCCUAAUUGUCUUGGUGUCUGGUUCGAAAUGAUGUAAGAAAUAAUUAUAAUUUGGAUAUGAAAUAAGGAGAAUAAUGCAAGCAAGUUAAGAUGGGCAGGGUGUUUAAGACUUCUUGUAUGAUGUGAAAUCUAAAAUGAGGUCAGAGGUGAUCUAUUCUUUACAUGUUCUGCAAUAAAGCUGCGUGGCAUUAACAAGCAAGGUGGUAGCUAAGGUGAUAAGUUCUAUUGGGUAAAGAGUUUCUGCUGGGAAAAAAAAUAAAUCCAGGGUUAUGUGUAUUGCUUGGUACUCAUUUGUGUACUUAGUUCAGAAAGCCGUGAAUGACAGAAUUUAUCGGUGUGUUCAGUAAUGGAGUAAUACUCCAUAUUUUCAAGAAAAAUAGAUAACGAAAAAUGGAAAAAGAAAUUUGUGUUCAAA